GAUUUGGAAUGACCACGCCUCAAACUAUAGGAGGGAAGAUAUUAGUGGUCUUUUAUGGAUUUCUUGGUUGUUCUGGAGCAUUUCUCUUCUUCAAUCUGUUUCUGGAAAGAAUCAUCACCUUCCUCGCUUACGUCCUCAGAUAUUUCCAUGAGAUGGAUUUGCGACGUAAAGGAGUAAUCGGUGGAGAUAGGAGAGACUCACAAGCUUCUUACGAUGACACUUUAGAUCAAUGGAAGCCUUCCGUAUACUGGGUAAUGCUGUACCUUUUCUUGGCUUGUGUGGUUUUGGCCAUCUGUGCUUCUGCGCUUUACUCACCCGUAGAAAAGUGGACUUAUUUUGAAAGUCUUUACUUUUGUUUCGUGGCUUUCGCUACUAUUGGAUUCGGGGACUACGUCUCAAGUCAGCAGCCAUAUUAUGAUAACGUGGAAUGGUAUCGGCUGGGAAAUUUUAUCGUCAUAGUGUGUGGGUCUUGCUUUAUGUACAGCCUCUUCAACGUCACUACCAUCGUCAUCAAGCAGUUUCUCAACUGGCUUAUUCAAAAACUGGACUGUCGCUGCACGUACCUAAAGAAAACUAAAAUCCAAAUUAGGCCACCAAUCCCGCGAGGCCGCAGAAACGCUAUCACCCCAGAACACCUUAAACAUGCUAACAGAACAGCUCCCCCUAAAACAGUGGCAGACAUUAGUGAACCAGAUUCCACAUACGACAGUGAAGGCGAGCGACGGAACUCCAACGAGAUGAUCUCUAUGCAGGAUUUCCUCAAGUCCAACAAAGUUUCACUGGCUGUGAUGCAGAAAGAACUACACGAAUCAGCUCUUCGUGGCCGUGCCAUCAUUCUUCCAUCUAGACCACCAGUGGAAGAGUUCAAACCCGGAAGUGUUGGGCCACUGGCUAUUGCAUGCAAGAAACUUGGGGAGGACAUAGCAUAAGCAUACAACCAGUUGCAGCCGAAUCCUAGAAAAACAUGACAUCAAUUUUUUCAACCACGGAACAUGAUGUGACAGUGCUUGAGGGUUGUCAAUACCUCGAAGAAAUCAAGGCUUAUGUACACAGUGUCUGUCCUGGUGAGAAACGUGACUUUGGCCUGAAAUCGUAGUUGUGAUUGAAAGAGAACUAGGAAAGUUCAAGAAUUCAUUUAUAAAUUGGACAUUUAUCAAUUCUGGGUAGAAACACGGAAACAUCUGAAGUGGCAAUAUAACAAUGUCCCAUUAUUGGCUAUAAUCUUCGAGACACUGAAGUUAUGACCUGGCCAUUAUUCUAUUUAUUGUUUAAUAUUAAAAACAGAAACAUAUGCACAAAACGAAGUUAUUAGCUUACUGUAGCUUGGUUUGAAAAUUAUAUUUCAAGAAGUUUAGAAAAUAACCACACGAAUAAUCUUUUCAUGGCUAACAUCACAAAAUUUGGAAGGAGUUCCUCAACAUGACAGCUGUUCCGACAUUAUAAAAUAAUUGAAGAAUAAUUGAAGAGUAUUCUUCAGUAUAAUCUCUAUAUAUGCGGAUCUUCUCUGUAUACUGAUAAUCAGAGGAAUGUUUUCGGUAAACUUCUCGUCUUUUCUUACUACACACAGAGGGCGUCACUCUCUAAAGAAAAUUAAGGUACUCACGUGUGAUAUUAAUGAUGAAAACAGUAUUUAUUGUCCUUGUCAAUCAAAGGAAACUCGUGACAAUAUAUUAUUGUAGAUACAAUCCUAAUUUGUUUCUACAACAAUAUACUGUCACGAGUUUCCUUUGAUUUUAUAAACUUCAUCCCUACUAAAUAUUAUGUGUAUUCCGAGUCUUGAAAGAUGGUUUGAAUUCGUUUCUUCUCAUAUCUCGUUAUAUAGAGUAUUGAAGAUAUACUACGACAUUGUUCUCGUCUGAAGUAAGAGAUAGUUAAGUUUCACAUAUCCACCACACGUGGUUCUCCACUUUCAUUAAACGUUAUUUCUAGUGUGGCAUCAUUCUUCACGUUUAUGUCAUUUUUUACUGAAACGAAAACACUUCAGAACACAAAGCCAUGAAGUGCCAAAGUUGUUAACUAACAUUUCUUCUCGGUGGCUGGAAGUAACAAAGCGCGCCUUGUGGCGUGUUCAGGUGCUUUGAAAGUCAUAAUAUAAAAUAGGAAGGAACAAAAACUACUCUUGACGAGUGUACUCCAAUAAACAUCCAGUGUGUUUCAACAUUUUCAGAAUUCCUUUAACCGACUUACUAACUUAUCUAAAAUUAUCGAAUUACUUCCCAAGCGCUUGCGGUUUUUUGUUGUUUUAUUUUCAAGCCUAUAAAAAUUUAUAUGUGUAUUGUUAUAACGUGUUCCAUCGUUUGGCGAUCUCUUUUUGUUAUUUAGUAAAAAUUCUGUCUACGUGACGAAUUAAUUUAUUUCUUCACUAAUUUUAAUGGGCCUACAAAAACACGCUGACCUGACUAACUAACUGGAUCACAGACUCACUAACUGACAUUGGUCUAAGUAACUAACACACUCAGCCUGGCAUUUUUAUAUUGUAUUAGUUUGCUAUGUUCUACAGGAAGCUUCGAGAUUCUAAAGAGGCCUAAACUUUCAUAAAAUUUCUAGACUUCACUAAUCACUACUCAUGUAAAAAAUAAACAAACUCCUUCUAGUGGACAAAAACAUUAAAAUAAAGAUAUAUCUCACAACAAUAGUUUUCCCUCUCCUGUUAAUGAUAAUAAUGUUAUUAUUUGUAAUAAACACCAAUCGCCGUUUACAAUCGUUCAGUUUUAUGGGUUUUGACGAACACUGCUAUUAUAUUUAAUUUACCUUAAGAAUAGCAGAAAACAGUGAAUUAAUAAUUACAGAUUACUCAAAAAUAUUAAACGAUAAAGAUUAAUGAAGAUAAUAAUAUGAAUAGUAAAGCAGUCAGUUAAGCUGAAUGGUUGAAUACUGACCAGUCAGAGCUUACGAAAUGUGAUCGUUCAAACUGUAUAGUGUAACACAAAACAUUUCAUACGAAACACUUCAU